GCGGUGCCGGAGGCUGGAGGUUGUUGAAUUAUAUGUCGCAGCUUUGGUUUGGACCCUGAUUUCCCUUUGACACUGACUAACACACACACACACACGCACACAUACACACACGCACGUAUAUACAAACACAGCACUCUGACAGAGGACGGCAGGACGAAGCAAAGAGGAACCCGAGAGAACAUCAACAAAGCAAAAAUAAAGAACGUAAUAGAGAGAAGCUGAGAGAGGAAAAGGAAGAAGAGUGAGGAACCAGGCAGGCAGAGGAAAGAGGUGCUGUGUUACACCGAAGCCACCAACAAUUGACCUUCAUACACUGAUCUGUCAAGAAGACAGUAAACACCCCCACCAUCUAGUCUGUCUGUAUCACAGCAGGAGAGAACAGUCAGAGGCUGUUUGUUAGUGAGAGGAAGUCAAUAGUUAUCUCAGUAUCAGGAAACAUUUUUCACUGUUGAUCAGUUGGAUUGUUAGAAAGUGAUCAAGUGUCCUCGUCUGUCAAGAGGUCGACUCAUUAACUUUAGAGUACAGUAGAGAAACAUUUACUGAAGUAAACCUAAAGUAAAAACCAGUCAAACUAUGGCCCCCAAGAAGAAGGCCUCACGUCAGAAGAAGGUCGCCGUGGACACCAUCACUCAGGUCGCCAUGGCGAACGCCCCUGCCCCGCUGAAGGUGGAGAGCCGUGGAGACGGUGUGGUGGUGGUGGAGAGCGGGGUGAAGAAGAUCGAGCAGAUGGCGGCGCUGGACAUCGCUCAGCUGAACAGCCUCAACCUGCCUCUGCCGCCGCCCGUCAUCAAGCCCGGAGAGAGAGGCCUGGGUCUGGGCAGCGAGCUGACGCGACCCCUGCAUGGCAACGCCCUGCUGGAGGAGCUCAGCAAGAUGAGACAGGAGAAGUUCCUGACUGACCUGGAGUUGGGCUGUAAGACGAAGGCCUUCGACGUCCACAAGCUGGUCAUCUCUUCAGUCAGUCAAUACUUCAGAGAGAUUCUGGCCAAAGACCCUGGCAUGAAGCGCCUGGAGCUCCCCUCCCUCUCACCUCUUGGCCUCGCCAACGUCAUCACCUUUGCCUACCUGGGACGUGUCCACAUGUCCCUCUACACCAUCGGCUGCACCGUCUCAGCCGCUGCAACCCUGCAGAUCCCCCAGCUCCUCAAGAUGUGCAUGGACUUCCUGCUGGCCGAGUUGAACGUCCAGACCUGCGUCUACAUCUGGAACAUUGCUGCCGCCUACGGCCUGGUGCCUGUGUGCGACGCUGCCCGCCGCUUUGUCCUGGAGAACUUUGUGCAGUUCGCAGAGACGCCGCUGUUCACCCAGCUGACCCUGGAGCAGAUCUCUGCCUUCCUGCAGGAGGACUCCCUGGUGUUGCCUUCUGAGGUCACUGCCUUCCAGCUGGCCAUGAAGUGGCUCGACUUUGACGCCGCUCGUCACCCCCACGCCGCAGAGCUUCUUUCCCACGUUCGCUUCGAGACCAUCCCGGCCAGCGAGAUGGUGAGCCAGAUCCAGCCGGUGCCGCGCAUGAUGCUGGACCCUCAGUGUCACCGCCUGCUGGUGGAUGCCAUGAACUACCACCUGCUGCCCUACCAGCAGAACACCCUGCAGUCCAGACGCACGCAGGUCCGCGCCAGUCAACAGACUUUGCUCACCAUCGGCGGCCGGCCGUCUCUCACUGAGAGAGCUCUCAGUCGCGAGGUGAUGUGGAGGGACCCUCGUGAGGGAGGAGCCAACUGGCGCCACCUUACCCAGCUGCCAGCGAAGAGCUUCAACCAAUGUGUGGCUGUGAUGGAUGGCUUCCUGUAUGUGGCAGGAGGAGAGGACCAGAAUGACGCCCGCAACCAGGCGAAGCACGCCGUCAGCACCCUCAGCAGAUAUGACCCACGCUUCAACACCUGGCUCCACCUGGCCAGCAUGCGCCAGCGCCGUACCCACUUCUCGCUGGCAGCCAGCGGCGGACGACUCUUCGCCAUUGGCGGCCGCAACGUGGAGGGUCUGCUGGCCACCACCGAGAGCUACCUACCGUCCUCCAACACCUGGCAGAUGCGUGCCCCCAUGGAGAUGCCCCGCUGCUGCCACUCCAGCGCCACCUUGCCCUCUGGAGACAUCCUAGUGUCUGGUGGGUACAUCAACUGCGCCUACUCCCGCUCAGUGGCGUGCUACAAUGUGGAAACCGACACCUGGAGCGAGAAGGCCUCCAUGGAGACACCCCGCGGCUGGCACUGCUCUGCCACCCUCGGAGGGAAGGUGUAUGUGGUAGGAGGAAGCCAGCUGGGGCCCAGCGGUGAGCGGGUGGAUGUUCUCUCCGUUGAGGUCUUCUCCCCUGAGAGUGGAGUGUGGAGCCGAGCCGCCCCCCUCCCGCUUGGCGUGAGCACCGCCGGCUUGUCCCCGCUGGCUGAAAAGCUCUACCUGCUAGGAGGCUGGAACGAGGCGGAGAAGCGCUACAAGGCGGCGGUCCAGAAGUACGACCCGGCUACAGACAGCUGGUCCAUGGCUGAGGAUCUGCCCGAGCCCACUGUGGGAGUGUCUUGCUGCACACUGUCCCUGCCACCCCGCCACACACCGCGCCGGCAGCAGCACCGCAACACCCCGGCCCACGAAGACCAGCAGCAGGCCGUAAAGAACCGAAGCAGAGAGAACAGCGUGGCUCCAUCACAGAUCAUCACGGCGUAGAGGAUCAUCACAGAAGGCAGAGACUAGAGGAGAGGAGGGACAGUAAAACCUCAGGAGAACAUCUGGAUCAUGCUUGCUUCUCUUUCUCUUGAUGUGAUAAAGUUGCAUCAUUUAAUAACCAAAAAAUAACAAUCAUGAUGAAGAAUUUAUUGGACAAAAUUUGCUUAUUUUCCAUAGAUUUACACAUUUUAGAUGAAACAGAGGUCAUGAAUGUUUCCUGCAGGGAUUUCAUGUUUCCAAAAACAUUUUGCUUGACAUCUGUCCUCCAUUAUUAUGAUUACAAGAAAACUAAAAUAAUUUAAGAUAUAACCGGAUACAGAUCCAUGCAACGGUCAUGUAUCUGUGCAAGAAAGAAACGAGAGCUUGCAUGAUCCAACGUGUUCUCGGGGGGUUUUUGAGUGAUGGAAAAACAGAGGAGAAAGAGGUGGAGAAGGGAUGAAAUGGAGAGUGGAGCAGGCGGAGGUAGAGAGGUGUAGGCAGGAUGGUGAAGGAUGGAAAGAAGGGAACAGUAGCAGGGGCUGUUUGAGGGGUUUGGAUUUGAACAAGCGUCACUGUGAAUCCACUGGCAGUUUGUGUAUAAAGAUGUAUCUAGGCAGUGUGUGUGUGUGUGUGUGUGUGACGUGCAACUGUGAAAAUAGGUGUGAAUGUGUGUGUGACAGUGAGUGUGAAGCGAAUGACAGGAGUGUGUGGGAGCUAUAGGAAAUGAGCCACGUACUGUUUCUGACAAAAAUUUUUGCAAUAAUCAAUUAUUUCUCAUCAGCAAACUUGAAAUAUUUCUCACUAUCGAUGCAGACCAGCAAUAAAUAAACCUGUUUAUUCUAUUAUUUAUUUAAUGGAUAUCUUGCAGAAGUGGUGUAGCUGAAUUGUGACAGAAAUAAAUAAAAAAAUAGAUGUAGAAUUAAUGAUUUUAUAAGUACGAUGAAGGUGAACACUAGAGGACAGCAGCAUAAAAUCAAUAACACAGGUGAGAUAUAAAAAGAAAAAAUGUAAAAAAAAAAAAAAAAAAAAAAAAAAUGAAAAAAAAGUGCACAAGCAUUUUCUCUUUUAGCUCCACUAUCAGCUCUUUCCAAGAAAAAUACCAAGUAGAUUGAGAAAAAAUGUGAAAAUGCAAUUGUACAAUCUGAAAAAAGUGCAGAAAAAUUGAAAAAACGUA